AUGACGCUCGCGUUUAGACUGACGAAUGGCGAGGUUGGGUCGGCGGCAGCCCGGCAGGCCGCGUUCGACCCGCCUCCUGGCACCCUUCCACUCGCGCGCAGGAAACUGCCUUCACUCCCUCUACUGUGUCCGCUUCGGUGGCUCAAUUCGAUUUGUCACAAUACUGAGCUAUACGUAGAUGGAGAGUGCUCAGCUGAUUGCUUAGAGAUAGAUAAGCUAUAUGAGCACGUGCUCGCCUUAUCGCGACGCCGCGCCGACCUGCCUACAGCCACACCACCCUCAAACUCACCACCCGUAUUAUCAAUACUUUCUUUG